CGCCUAUAAGGAGCGAGGGAGGCAGCCGCCGAUAGACGGAUCCACAGGAGAGACACGGAGGAAGACACGGAGCUGCCGCCGGCUCAUCAACACACACACACACACACUGACCGGGAGCAGUGAGACAACCCGAGUAGUGUAAGGGGCCGGACGGGAGCUCAAGGAGAACAAAGCCCACUUCUCAUUCGCCUUCUCCGGCUUCUUCUUCUUCCUCAUCUCCGCUGCGGGGCGUGGAGCGGAGCGCUUAGCAUCUGUGACGCCGCUGCUAAUGUGAGCCAGCAAGGUACACGUUUUCACGGGGGUUUGUUUGCGAUAGAAACACCUGACCCGGUAACUCGGAAUGUUAAGUCUAGGCUUUUCUAGACCAGAGGCCUACAACAUCCUCCUCUAAAUCUAGAACGACCUCAGUGCCGGUGGAUAACCCCAUCCGAAGCACACCUAGUGAAUUUGAACUGACAGUGGAUACGACAGUCUCCAUCCAGACAGCAAACCAAAGCAGAGCAUUUCCAUUGCUCCAUUUUUAUUAUUCAAACCCAUAACUUUGAUUAUUUAUAUUCCUUUUUGUAAGGAUUCCAUUAGCUGUGAACUGUACUUCCUUAACGUAUAUAUUUUUGAAAGUAAUCUAUAAAAAUGAGUCCUGGAAUGGAAGCAGCGGACAUUGCUGUGGUAGCACUGUAUUUUGUCCUGGUGAUGGUCAUCGGGUUUUUUGCCAUGUGGAAAGCAAAUCGCAACACAGUGAGUGGCUACUUCCUGGCUGGACGCUCCAUGACAUGGAUAGUGAUAGGUGCAUCGCUCUUUGUGAGUAACAUUGGCAGUGAACACUUCAUAGGACUGGCUGGAUCAGGAGCAGCAAGUGGCUUUGCUGUUGGAGCAUGGGAAUUUAAUGCACUUCUACUUCUGCAGCUGCUUGGCUGGGUGUUCAUCCCUGUGUACAUCCACUCAGGAGUCUACACCAUGCCCCAGUACCUGUCGAAACGCUAUGGUGGCAACAGGCUAAAGAUUUACUUUGCUUUCUUGUCUAUUAUGCUGUACAUUUUUACCAGGCUGUCUGUGGACCUGUAUGCUGGAGCUCUUUUCAUUCAGGAGUCCCUGGGGUGGAACCUUUACCUGUCUAUAGUCCUGCUCAUCAGUAUGACAGCAUUACUCACUGUCACUGGGGGACUGGUGGCAGUACUGUACACGGACGUCCUUCAGGCAGUGUUGAUGAUAGGUGGAGCCUUAACCUUAACCAUCAUCAGCCUAAUGAAAGUGGGUGGGCUUGAGGGUGUCAGAACUAAGUACAUGCAAGCAGUUCCCAAUGUUACUGCUAUAUUAGCUACUGGAAACUUCACGUAUUCUCCUUCCUGUCGCAUUGAGCCUAAACCAAACUCGCUAUACAUACUUCGAGGUCCUCUGGACGAAGAUAUCCCUUGGCCAGGCUUCAUUCUUGGCCAGACCCCUGCAUCUAUAUGGUACUGGUGUGCAGACCAGGUCAUUGUGCAGAGAGUACUAGCAGCAAAGAACAUUGCUCAUGCAAAGUGCUCCACACUCAUGGCUGGAUUUCUCAAGAUUCUGCCCAUGUUUGUUAUAGUCAUUCCAGGAAUGAUCUCCCGUAUCCUAUUUGCAGAUGAGAUUGCUUGCAUCGGUCCAGAGCACUGCAUGGCUGUGUGUGGUUCUCAGGCUGGCUGCUCUAACAUUGCGUAUCCACGCCUGGUCAUGGCUGUGAUGCCUGUGGGACUCAGGGGUCUGAUGAUGGCGGUCAUGAUCGCCGCCCUGAUGAGUGAUCUUGACUCAAUCUUCAACAGUGCAAGCACCAUCUUCACCCUGGACAUUUACCAAACUGUUCGGAAGAAGGCUGCACAGCGCGAGCUGCUGAUUGUUGGCCACAUGUUUAUUGUGUUCAUGGUUGCCAUCAGCAUUGCUUGGGUCCCUGUUAUUAUUGAAAUGCAAGGUGGACAGACAUAUCUGUACAUCCAAGAAGUUGCUGGCUACCUGACUCCACCAAUUGCUGCCCUCUUCCUGCUUGGUGUGUUCUGGAAACGUUGUAAUGAGACAGGUGCAUUCUGUGGGGGCAUGACAGGCUUUACACUAGGUACCACACGGCUGAUUUUAGCUUUUAUCUACCGCCAGCCUCGCUGUGACCAGCCAGAUGAUAGGCCUGCCUUCAUCAUCCACAUUCACUACAUGUAUUUUGCGGCUGGGCUGUUCUGGAUUUCAGGGCUUGUCGCGGUGGUGGUCAGCCUCUGUACCUCCCCACCAGAUGAGGAGCGGGUUCGCACCACCACAGUCUGGGGGCUCCGCAAUGUUGAAAAGGUUCCUGCAAAGGACCGAGAGGAAAUGUACACGCUGACUGAUCAGGGCCAUCAUGAUGUUGAUGGAAACCUUCUCAAAGAACUGCCCCCAGAUGUCAGAAAGGAGAGGUGUUUAGAUGGGGCGAAUGUUAAACUCCUUGUCCCAUCCACUGACCAUGACCCAGCAACACCUAGUACAGAAACCUCCCCUGCAACCACCCCUGCAGAACGAUUUGGUAAUAGCAGGAUGGAGAUGAUCAGAGCAGAGGACGGCUGCCAUGGGAAUGGGGAGCGUAGCAGGUGUACGCGUUUCCUUGACUGGAUUUUUCCAAAUAAGGAUGUGGCACAGAGUGCUCAGCCAAAAGUGUCGCAGGAAGAUGCAGUACUCAUUGCACAGAUGCUGUACGAGUCCCCUAGAGUCAAGCUUCUCCUCAACAUGGGUCUUGUAUGCGUCUGUUCUGUGGGUAUCUUCAUGUUUGUUUAUUUUUCACUCUAGCUGAACCUGGCACUAACCUAAGUGGGAAUAGUGUGGGUGCUUUUUAUGAAGCUGAAAGGUGCGUGGGUGGUUUGGGUGCUGUUAACAAACUGUCUGUAAUAUUUACAGUUGUCUUUGGUAGUUCUCUAACAAGGAUCUAAGCUUAUUCUAAUCAUUUUUUUAAAUGAUUAAAGCUUCUAUUGUCUUCUUUAUGACUAUGACGCUUAUUUGGCACUGCUGUGUCCAUUUUGUACAGUGCUUAGUGUUAAUCCUGCAGAAUAUCUACUGGGAGUUUUAGAAUCAAUGUACUCCAAGUGAAUUUUAAUAUUUGCCUUAUUUGACAUACGCACUUGUCUUUUUGUAUGGUAGAAAACAUGUAAUGUGUGGUUUUAAACCUUUUUUAUUUCUGUUGAUGAGUGUUAGCAUACAUGUCUGUAGUAACUGAAACAAACUUUAGGUUUUAGACCUUGAAAGUUUUGUACACUAUGAUUAUUACAACAAUUAUAUUAUUACAAUUGCAAUUAUGAAUUAUGUUAUUACUAUUUAGUUUUAAUGUGUCCUGAACCGUCUUUUCAAGGUUAGCAACUUAACUGAUAAAUGUCCAAAUGAUUUUUUUCUGUAGAAAGUAUUCUAUUCAAGUGUCUCCUUAAUAAGGGGAUCUGUCUGAUUGACUCAUUUAUAAAAUAAUAGUAAAUAUAAAAUGUUGCUUCUCCGCUGGUGUUUGUUUAUGGUGAUUGAUAAUAUUCACUGGUUUGAUUUAUCCUCUUGGAGGCUUUUCAUCAAAAAUAAUUGUGUCUAGCUUACAGUUAACACCUGGUAUUUCAUAUUUACAUAUUUUGUGGCACAUAGAAUGGAGUGGAUAAACUUUUUGUUUUUAAGAUUUUUUUAAGCUAAACUUAAUAUUGUGUGGUAUUUCUUGUCAUUUUUCAUUGGCUGUUACUUGUGUGUUUGUCCCUGAUGACCAUAUUCUAGUCAAAUACCUCUAGCUGUACUGGUAUUUUUUAAUGGUUUAAAGUUUUGGUUGGUAUGGUUUUUCUACUACUGUGGUUUGUCUUUUUCUCUUAAUCUACUUCUAUUCUCUUCAUAAGAAACAAAGUUCCAAUGUUCAUGAUUCUGUAUCAAUUUACAUUUUAUGUAGAUUUCAUUUUAUGUUUAACAUCGUUGAAAAGUGUGUCCAACAUAAUACAUGGAUCAUUGCAUCGCUGACAGUAAGCCUCUUUAGUAAUCUGUUUUGAGUUGACUAUGCGUCAAUGUACCUUUUAGUGUCAUUUAAUCCUGUUUCAAGUGCAACUUUUAUAAACCUACCAAAUGUGUCUUAGUGUGCAAAAAAUGUAAGUGACAAAAACACAAAAUAAGUUUUACAUCUUGAAAAUGUUUGUGCCGUGAAUAGCACUUCUCUUUAUAGACGGAGUAAAUCAGCUUAGCCACAUAGUGAAGUACAUUUUCAGUUAGGUGCUUAUCAGCAGAGGACGAUGAUGCAAAGCAGACAGUGCACUUCAGCCGUUAGGAUUAGCACAUUACUAGAUUAGUACACUCAUGACACUUUCAAGGGUAAUUUAACCAGGUUAAUAAAAUGACUGGAAUUCUGGAUUGUGCUCAUUCUUUCCAGAGUGGAAGGUGACCAGAUCUGAACAACAGCCGCCACCAGAAGAAAAAGGGUAAAGCGAAGUAAACAAUGUCGUGUUUUGUAAUUUAAUAGAGGUGUUAAAUGAUCUCAGUCUGAAAAAUGUGGUCAUAAUGUGACCUGGAUAAAUGAUGCACAACAUAUGGAAGAUCAAUAAGUAGUGAUUGCUGUAUGCGAAUGAGCUUUAAAAAUCUUUCUCUCUUUCUUCCUUUCUGAGAGAAUAUACAUUGUCAUUUUUAUGGAUUUUAUUUUUAAGAGACUGGAAAUAAAGAGAGACAAAAAAGACAAA